AUGUUCGCCGCGUCGCCCGUCGCGCCCGCGCGAGGGGCCGUCGACGCGUUCAUAAUCGCCAACGUCUCGCCGUUCGCGGGAGAUUUCUCGCGCGAACUGGCGGAACCGACGGAGAAAACGUCUCGAUUGCUUUCAGAGGCGAGACGCGCGCAGGCGGCGGAACGCGCGGACGGCGGACCGACGGAUGCCGUGACGCCCUCGAACGCGCUCUCGCACGGACCGGGAUACUUGGUGAGUAAAGGGGUGGAUAAUGUCGUGGUUGGUUUGCAAACGACGACGGCGCUGUGUCGAACGAUGAAGCCUCUCGGUGGCACGCGCGUCAUCGAGAAGGCGCUCUCGGAACGAGGCGGAUUGACGAUGGAUCCGACGGUGAAGAAAUUCUUUGAAGAUUGGGUGACGACGCACAACGACGCGGUGUUCGACUUGUACACGGAUGAGAUGCGACGCGCGAGACGGGCGCACUUGCUGCUCGGAUUACCGGACGCGUACGGUCGAGGACGGUUGAUCGGCGACUAUCGAAGAGUCGCGCUGUUCGGAGUCGACACGCUGAUCGAGGGGAAGAGACGCGACAAGAAUCGGAUUGGGGUCGAUUCUGAGGACGAAUUGAAGCUGCGAUUUGAAGUGUCCGAACAGAUUCGAUCGCUUGAGCGUCUGAAGGCGAUGGCGAAGAUGUAUGGAUUCGACAUUGGACGCGCCGCCGAGAACGCCUCGGAAGCGAUCCAAUGGGUCUACUUUGCUUACCUCGCCUGCGUCAAAGAGAACGACGGCGCCGCCAUCUCUCUCGGUCGCGUCGACGCAUUCUUUGACGUUUACAUCGAACGCGAUCUCAAAUCGGGUGUCUUGGACGAAAGCGGCGCGCAGGAGCUGAUCGACAACUUCGUUUUAAAGUUACGCUUGGUCAGACAUUUGCGGCCGAAGUCGUACGAUGCGAUUUUCGCCGGGGAUCCAAUCUGGGCCACGUGUUGCCUUGGAGGAAUGCGCUUGAACGGCCACGAGCCACUCGUGACGAAGACAUCGUGGAGAUUUCUGCAAACGCUUGCCAAUAUGUCGCCCGCACCAGAGCCGAACAUGACCGUCCUCUGGUCCGAUCGUUUGCCCGAAUCGUUCAAGAAGUUUGCGUGCGCGAUAAGUAUCGCGAGCAGCUCCAUCCAGUUCAUCUCUGACGAUCUCUUGCGCGAAGCGUUUCAAUCGAGCGAUGUCGGAAUAUCGUGUUGCGUCUCCGGCAUGGAGCUCGGACACACGAUGCAGUACUUUGGCGCGCGGUGCAACCUUCCAAAGCUUUUAUGCUACGCCAUCAAUGGCGGCCGGGAUGAGAUUACUGGCGACCGAGUCGCGCCACCGCUCUUCCACGACAUUCCAGAUGGCGUGCUCGAUUACAAUGACGUUACGAAACGAUUCUACGCCUACUUGGAAUGGCUCGCCGAGCUUUACGUCAAGACGAUGAACGUCAUUCACUUUUCACACGAUCGGUUUGCUUACGAAAGUCUCUUCUUCGCUCUGAUGGACACCGAAUGCGAACGUCUCAUGGCUUUCGGAAUCGCCGGUCUCUCCGUCAUCGCUGAUUCGUUGAGCGCCAUCAAGUACGCCAAAGUCGAGGUGAUUCGAGAUGAGCAGACUGGCCUGUCCGUGGGAUUCGAUAUCGACGGCGAGUUUCCGACUUUUGGCAACGAUGACGAUCGCGUCGACGAAAUCGCUGCGGAGGUUGUCGAACGAUUCAUCGGAUUUCUUCGAAACACGCCGGCGCAUCGCGGCUCGACGCAUACACUCAGCAUUUUGACGAUAACGUCGAACGUGAUGUACGGCGAGGCGACGGGGGCGACGCCGGACGGUCGGGAAAAGGGCGUCGCCUUUGCUCCGGGCGCGAAUCCGAUGCACAAUCGCGAUCGAUCCGGCGCUCUGUGUUCUCUCAACUCCGUUGCCAAGGUUCCGUACGCAGCGUGUCGCGACGGUAUCUCAAACACAUUUUCGAUCGCGGCGCCGAGUCUCGGGAAAACGAAGAAGUCUCAAGUCUUGAAUCUCAUCGCGAUGCUCGAUGGAUACUUUGAUCGCGGCGCUCAACAUCUCAACGUGAACUGUGUCGAUCGUUCCGUCUUGGUUGAUGCCAUGGCGCAUCCGGACAAGUAUCCAACUCUCACAAUCCGCGUCUCGGGAUACGCGGUGAACUUCAUUCGUCUUUCUCGGGCGCAUCAGGAGGAAGUGAUUGCUCGAACGUUUCACGACACGCUUUAG